CUUGCCCGGUGUACACAGCAUCCAGAGCAACCGCGCUCACAGUUUAGGAGGGAAAGGGAAAUAAGUAAGCGAGCACAUGGUCACACGCCAGGGCGGCGGGGCAGAAACAGCCCUUCAUUUGCUCCAUCAUUCCCUGGGUCAUGGUGAAGAGCGGUUCUUUGCGGAGCGGGAUAAUGGCUUUUACAUCUCCAGAAAGCAAUAAUGAUGUACAUGGGCCUCUGGUGAACUUUAAACUACUGUCUCUAAGAACAUUGUGUCAGAAGUUGAGAUUUCCACUAUCGAGAAACAACGGAGAGAGCUACAGCUGCUCAUUGGAGAAUUAAAAGAUCGAGAUAGAGAGCUCAAUGAUAUGGUUGCAGUACAUCAAAGACAACUGCUUUCAUGGGAAGAGGAUCGGCAGAAAGUGUUGACUUUGGAAGAACGUUGCAGCAAAUUAGAAGGUGAACUACAUAAAAGAACUGAAAUAAUCAGGUCACUCACAAAGAAGGUAAAAACCCUUGAAUCGGAUCAAAUUGAAUGCCGAAGUACAUUUCAAAAGACUCAACUACAGCUUCAAGAAAUGGCCCAAAAGGCAACCCAUUCCACUCUCCUCUCUGAAGACCUUGAGGCUAGAAAUGAAAAUCUCAGCAACACAUUAGUGGAACUUUCUGCUCAAGUGGGACAAUUGCAAGCUCGAGAACAGGCUCUCACCACCAUGGUAAAGCUGAAGGACAAAGAUAUCAUCGAGGCAGUCAAUCACAUCACUGACUGUUCGGGUAAAUUUCAAUUGCUAGAGCAUGCCUUACGCGGCGCUAAGACGGUGGAGACCUGUCUUGUGAAAGAAAAGCAAGAUUACAAGCAGAAAUUGAAGGCACUUAAGAUUGAAGUCAAUAAGCUAAAAGAGGAUCUAAAUGAAAAGACAACAGAAAAUAAUGAACAACGAGAAGAGAUCAUUCGUCUCAAGCAAGAGAAAAGUUGCCUGCAUGAUGAAUUGGUUUUUACUGCAGAGAGAGAAAAAAGGAAGGACGAGUUACUGGAUAUCGCAAAGUCAAAGCAAGAGCGCAUGAGCGCAGAGCUGCAUAAUCUGAGACAGAUUUACAUAAAACAGCAGCGUGAUCUGCAGUUUCUUAACUUCAGUGUGGAAAAUUCUCAGGGAUUAAUACAGAUAUAUGACUCCAAGAUGGAGAAAUCAAACGCCCUGGAAUCCAGCAGAGAAAUGUGUUUAUCAGACCUUGAAAAUCACCACCUAAAAGUCGAUUUUAAGAGGGAGGAAAGUCAGAAGUCACUGGUUAAGGACCAAAAAUCUGAGACCACGUUGGUUCAGCAACAUAAGUCAGACAAGAGCUCUUACGAAGUAUGCAAAGAGAAGAAACUACAGGUUAAUACUUCAUUGGGGGGAAAAAGUGUAAUUGCUAUCUCAUCUCUAUUUGCAAAAGACUCAGUGGAGAAACAAAAGUCUUGGUCUCUGGGAGGAAAAAUCCAGACUGAACCCGAAAACAAAAGUACAUUUUGCGAGAUCCAUGCAAAAUCACCAAAAGGUAAUGGAGCUGGGGUUCAGAAUGAAGAGAAACAACUCUCAGAAACAUCAACAUCUGUAUCCGAUGAAAAGUGGCAUGACUUCAGCCUUUACCUGGGCCUGGCCAACUGCUCUGGUUCAAAACAACCAGAAAAGCUAGAUGUCGAAUGUCAAGAUCACCUGGAAAGGUCUGGAGUCUCAUGUUGCCAUAAAAGCGAAGCCUGUCUGGAUGAAAGCGGCAUGUGGGAAUUCAAGUGCUGCCACCCGAGUAACUUUAUAGUCGAAGCUCCAGGCCACAUGUCUGACGUGGAAUGGAUGAGCAUGUUCAGGCCUUCCAAAGCGCAGAGAAUCGUGCGCCACAAACCGGUGUGCACUUGCUCGGAAAGUGCCAGUGGAACCAAAUACAACGCCUCGACAAGUGAGCUGAUUGCCAUCCGGCAGUCCCACUGUUUGGAUUCUUCAAAGGCUGCCUUAAGAGAGGAUGAGAAGUUGAUAGAGACGAAGUCCUCUUCUGAUAAAAAGAACUCAUCUAAGAUUUUGUUAGUCAACAAGGAUGCAGCAUUGCCCAGUGAAAAGGAUGAUUUUUCUCCCACGAGCAAGCUUCAGCGUUUGCUGGCAGAAUCGCGUCAGAUGGUUACAGAUCUGGAGCUAAGCACCCUGCUCCCCAUCAGCUCUGAGAAUCUCAGCAGCAGCGCCCAAAACGUACGUGGUUCCUUUUCUUUCAACCCCAUCUGUAGUAUCCGACACUCCAGUCGUUGUGCGCAAACGUCCCUUUCUGUUAGAAUGAAAGGGGAAGAGGGAGCGGGCUGGGUUUAAGGAGGAAGAGAAAGUCAUACUCAGAUGUCGCCACACCCAGACUUCCUCUCUCCAGUUACCUGGGCACAUGCACGUGCAUGCUGGGGGAUUUAAAAAAUAUAUUUUAUUGUAGAAAAUUUCAGAUACAGAUGUAGAAAGGAUACUUGCAAUCACAGAGCUUCAGUAACCAUCAGCUUUCUGCUGUUUUGUUUCAUCUUCCCCCAUCCAUACCUGUUUUCUCCUGAAACAUUUUAAAGCAAAUCCUAGACAUCAUAUCAUUUCACUCAUGUGUACUUCAUUCUGUAGCUCUAACAGAUAAGGACUUUUUUCACACCCAGCCAAAUUAACAGGAACUCUUUAAUAUCGUCUAAUGGCUAGACCAUGUUAAGGUUUCCCCAUUUAUCUCAAAAAUGUCUUUUUACUGCUUAUUCAAAUCAAUACUCAACCGAGGUCCAUACUUUGCACUUGGAUAAGUCCCUUAAGGUCUCACUUAAUCACUAACAGUUCCUUCU